AUGUCCGAAAACCCCGCCAUCCCCAAUGGCGAGCCCACAACCACAACCACAACCCCAAACCAAGAUGGAGACAACGCACUCAGCCUCUCCACAAGCCUCACGCACCAAUGCCGCCUCCUCCUCGCCGAACUCGACAUCUUCCAGACCGCACUAGCCUCACGCUUCCGCAAACAUCAGCAACAGCAACACAUCGUCGAAAUGCGCCAGCUACGCUCGAAUGUGUCGUCGGAACUGAAAACGCUCGAGAGGUUAGCGGCGGAUACGAGGAAAUUGGUGGAGAGACAACAACAACAACAACAACAACAACAACAACAAGCACAUAAAGAAGGAGAACAAGAAGGAGAGAAAGAUUUGGAGAUGGAGGAAAGGCGGUUGGUGCAUACGCUUCGCUCGUCGAAUUUGCCGUUCUAUAUGACUGUUUGGACGAUAGCGAAGGUGCAGUGCAAGGGUGUGGUGGCGUUCUCAAAGAGGUUUUACAGAGAGACAAAACCGGUAGUCGAUGAUGGCACAACGCAACAGCCAGAUGGCAAGCAGACAAAAGGAAGCAAAAUGCUAAAUCAAGACAAGAAAAACAGUACCUUUGUCGAUAUCGUUCAUGACGACGGAGCCCAGUGGCUCAAAAUCUCAACUAUUUCGGAAAACCGUCUACUGUUUGAAAUGGCCGAAAAGGGCUGGGGUAUCGACGAAGACGAAGACGAUCCCGAGGAACUACAAAACAGGACUGUUUUACGAAACAACGACUCUGACUCUGACGAGGAUGACGAAAAUGAUCAACUUGAGUUGAUCAAGAUGGCUACGGACAUGAUCAAGACAGCACGGUCAAUACGAGUGAGAUAUAAAAAUCCGCUUGCGUGCCUAAUGGUCCCGAAGCUUGUAGAGGGCAGGAUUCCCGAAAUAGACCGCGUUCUAAAUACAAUCCGAAGUCUAGGUGUGGCCGUGGAAUGUGGACCAAAAAUACUACCCGAUUUCAUGAACGAUAAAGCCUUUUGCAAUCGUGACCCAGACUCGUUAUCCGCAAAUGAUUUGCCACUCUCGACACUACUUCCAAACCCGUUUGAGAGAUUUACCAAUACCGUCAAUGUCGACUGUACAAUCCUCCUGGCUAUUGUGUCCGAUCUUUCUCACAAACAUCGAAUCGCCCCAUCUGCACACCACCAUCGCGCCAUUGUGAGACAAAUCGAGGUUGAGGAAGAGAUACCGUUGCUCAGUGCAGAACUCUGGCCUGCAAUGGGCAGUCGUCAGCUUGUCUGCACCGAGGAAGCCGUCCGUAGAAUGAAGGAAAUUGUUGACACUAUCGGCACCGAGACGGAGAAGAAGAGAACGGCGAUUUUCUUUGGAGAAGGCGAUAUGCAAGGGCUCGAUAGAGAAGAACUUCUUCAGCAGUUUCAGCAAGUCUCGGACCAUCGAAUCCCGAAACAGUGGCAACUCCCUAUAAAAACUGUGGACGCAACAGCAGAUAUCAACGACGCAUGGCAGCAUAAUAGAUUACCGCCAGUUGCCCGGAAAGUUUCGGAGCUCCUCACUGACAUCAACUGUAGUGUCUUUCUGUACGGCUGGGUCAAGGACAUUGUCACCAUCACAAGCAACAAGACUGUCGUCAAACAGAUUGAAAGCGAGAUAGAGGCAAAUCGAGGUGAUGAUAACGAGUUGAAAGGCCCAAUGGUCUGGGUCUGUGACACAGCUAGAAGUUUGAUAGGUAAAGAUAAAAACCGAAAACCAUAA